AUGAUGGAGACUAGUGUUCCUCCUGAGGAGUUCCCCUUGAAAGGUAUUCCAAUCCCGUUCAGGUAUCAGGUUAGUUCUUCAAGUUGUAACGAAUACCAUCAUAAUAAUCGAGAUUCGAAAAAAAGGCAUAGAUGUGAUAGUCAUAAUGGAAUUAUUGAAACUUCUAAUGCCGAAGAAAGGUGUCAAAAUAAUGAUGAGAGGGAUCAGGUUGUUCAUAAACGUUCAAAAAUAGAUACGACCAACGAAAAAUCAUUUCAUCAUCGCAAUCACUUGUAUAGAAAUGUCAUAUUGGCAUCAAAUGCUUUAGCAACACCUAGUUCCACUGACUAUAUAGAGGCAAAUUCUUCCACAGUGUUGCGUUGCUUAGAUGACAAUUCUACUAUUGAGGAUGAAAACGUUGAUGAUUUAAUCAACACAAAGGAUAGUAAUAAUAAUAACACUACUAAGGAUUUAGUCAAUACUAAUAAUGUGACAAAUGUCAACACAAGUCCGAUUUCAGGCAACACUAUAAUUGCAGCUGCUACCGCAUCUGAAAUAUUAACUGAUGAAGCUUUGUUACCUUCUCCUGUUGCUUCUCCAAAUGUCACAACACCAGUAGAAGAAACAGCUUCUUUACAAGGUCAUAUGUCUACGUUUAAUCCAGACGAUCAAUAUGCUAUCCCUGAUAACGUUUCAUUGAUCUCAAGGCUGUACACAGAUGAAUUAUUCAGAGAAAUGCAAAAUAACUUAUCUGGCCCUUGCUUUAAGAAUGUAUUAUUCCAAUUAUUAGCCAAAAUGAAUAGAAGGGACUUGUCCGAUUUGGGGACUUUGAUUAAGGAUAACUUGAAACGUGAUUUCAUUACUUCGUUACCAACAGAAGUUGCAUUGAAGAUUUUAGCAAAUUUAAAAUUCCCAGAUUUGGUAACUUGUUCACAAGUAUGCAAAGUUUGGAAUAACCUAGCUAAUAAUACUCCAACGUUAUGGAAACAACUACUAAUAAGUGAAAAUUUUGUUUCUCCAGAAAGUUUUAAAAAAUAUUCGUUAAAAUUGCUGUUAAGAUAUCCAAAGAUUAGGAAUAUUGAAGAAGGUUACAGGCUUGAUUUUAUUCAAAAUUGCAAAUAUUUAAAAAACUGGUAUAAUCCUAAUUUUGUUCCUAAAAUUACAACACUGAGGGGCCAUAUAACAAGUGUAAUAACAUGUCUUCAAUUUGAAGAUGAUUAUGUAAUUACAGGUGCUGAUGAUAAAAUGAUUAGAGUAAUUGACGCCAAGAAGAAGAAAUUCUUACUAGAAUUAAGUGGCCAUGACGGUGGUGUUUGGGCACUAAAAUACGAUGAAGACGGUAUAUUAGUCAGCGGAUCUACUGAUAGAACAGUACGUGUUUGGGAUAUUAAACGUGGAUGUUGUACACAUGUUUUCAAAGGCCAUACAUCCACAGUCAGAUGCUUAGAUAUCGUAGAAUAUAAAAAUGUCAAAUAUAUUGUUACAGGAUCAAGAGAUAAUACAUUACAUGUCUGGAAAUUACCGAGAGAAUCCAGCUCCACUGGGGAAGAUCCCUCAUAUCCAUUAUAUUUUAAUUCCCCUGAAGAAAAUCCAUAUUUUGUUGGUAUCUUGAGAGGUCAUAUGGCUUCUGUCCGUACUGUCUCAGGACAUGGUAAUAUUGUUAUUAGUGGAUCUUAUGAUAACAAUUUAAUGGUGUGGGAUAUAGCUCAAAUGAAAUGUCUGUACAUAUUAACUGGUCAUACCGAUCGUAUAUAUUGUACGAUUUAUGAUCAUAAAAGACGUAGAUGUAUUUCAGCAAGUAUGGAUUCCUCAAUCAGAAUUUGGAAUUUAGAAAAUAUCAGCAAAAAUGGUACUUGUACAAAAGUUAUCAAUUCUAUGACAUCGUGCAUAAACAUCAUAGGAUCUAUGUAUACGUUACAAGGCCAUACGGCAUUGGUUGGGUUAUUAAAAUUGUCAAAUAAAUUCUUAGUAAGUGCAGCAGCAGAUGGAUCAUUAAGAGGCUGGGACUCCAAUGAAUACACUAGGAAAUUUGCAUACCACCAUGGCAAUCUAAGCGCAAUAACCACUUUUGACAUGAACGAUAACAUUCUGGUUAGUGGAUCCGAGGGUCAAUUUAACAUAUAUAAUUUAAGAAGCGGUAAAUUGAUCCAUUCUAAUAUUUUAAGGAAUGCUGACCAAAUAUGGUCUGUUCACUUCAAGGAAAACAUUCUAGUGGCUGCCAUAGAAAAGGAUGGUCAGAGUUUUGUCGAAUUAUUGGAUUUCGAUUCUACUAGUCAUGCGAUAACCAGAGAUUCUAUUCCAGUCGCUUAA